GAAUUAUACACAGACUAUGAUUAUUUCUUUGGCGUUAUUACCACAGUAUAGAGUUAUUACUUUCUCACCAUUUUCGAAAGAAAUAUUUAUUUGUUUUGCAAAAUGCAGGAGCGAAAAUAUAGUGAUCUAAUGCAUAGAAUCGAAUCAGAGGAGCUGAGUACAAACAUCGAUGCGGAAUCAUACACACAGCUCCUUGCAGUUUACCUUUUUCAGGAUAAAUUAGCCGAUGCAAAAUUUUUAUGGAAAAGAAUACCACAAGCACUAAAAAAAGACAGCAACGAAUUGCAAAGGCUGAAUGUAGUUAUGUCUACACUCAUCGUGAACAAUCCAACUGACUUCUUCAAACAAGUGGAUUAUCCUUGGUCGAUUAAUAUCAAACUUAUAAUGGACGAUCUUAUUGAACGAGUGCGUCAGGAUGUAUUAAUAUUAGUUGGCCAAGCUUAUAUAUCUAUUUUCGAGCAAGAGUUGAUCCAACUAACUCGGCUUCCUCAACAGGAUUUAAAACGAGUUUGCGUUGCGAUGGAGUGGAAGUACGAAAAUGAUGGCCAAAAGGCUGUGAUUAUUCCAAAAAAUUCCGAGCCUAUGACAAAAUUAAAUGCUAGUUCUGAAGAUUUGCUUUUAAAAUUAACAGAUUUUGUUUCUUUCCUGGAAAAUUAAAUUUAUAAUUUUUCGUAAACGAAGUCAUAUUAAA